AUGGUAGUGGUGAUAGUUCCUCAUGCCCGGCCGUAUUCACAUUUCGCGGUAUAUUUUCAAAAUGCAACGUGUGCCCGUCACUUCGUUUACGCUUUUAUUGUGAUUGUGUCGUCAUCGGUUCUAUUGAUCGUUUCCGGCUAUUUGCGCGAAAAGAAAUUUUUGCUGUUCAAAAGUGUGGUCGAUGCCGCAAAUCUAUUGAUGAACGAUAACGCAGGCAUCAGAUAUGGAAAUCUUCAUCGCGCAGACGUCUUCGUCAUUGUACCUUUGACUCUCACAGGGAUAAUUGUGAUGAACAGCAUUGUCUCGCUGUUGCAAAGUUUCAUUACGUCGCCAAUCUACCAACCUCAAAUCAACUCACUUCACGAUCUGUACGAGUCCUCAGUUCAGAUUUUAGAGGACAAAUUCCGGAAAGAUAAAACGGUUGAACUGUUGGAAAAUCGAACAGGGUUUGGUGAAUGGAGUGGUAAAGUUCAAGGCAUCUACUACGAUCAGCGAACUGAGGCAAUAGAAACAUUUCAGAAUUCAAUCGCAUUUCUUGCUACCGACUCUAAUACGAAUUCGUAUUUAGAGGUGCAGAAACGGUUGGGCUUGGAAGCGUUUCACACACUAAGAGACACAUUUUUCUCUAAACAAUUGAUGGCCUACAUGGUCGAAAAAGAAUUUCCGUACAAAGAGUGUUUAAGUGACAUAGUUCAUCGGUUGAAUGGCGCAGGAUUGAUAGAGAAGUGGAACAAUGACGAACUGCUAAAAUACACAAAAUCUUUGUUGAACAGAAAUCGGAAGUCUCAAUUGGUCAAUGCAUCGAACAAGAUUGAAUUUGUUGUGCCGACUGUUGUUUGGUGUGGUUGGAUUGCAAGCGGAGUCGUCUUUAUUUGCGAAUUAAUUUGGAAUUUGAAAAAGAAACUUUUGUCUGGCAAACAGACACAUUAA